AUGUCAUUCAGAGGAAAUAAAUUCAGAGACAUGAAAGAGAAACAUUUGAGCACAGACACAACAACCAAGAAACUGCUUAUGGAUCUGCAAAAAGGCAAGGAAAAUAGUGCCGACUACUUCAUCAGCAUGACCACCUUGCUUCAGAGAAGCUUACUGCGAGUUUGCAUUAUAUUAGCAUUGUACAUCAAAAUGUCGCAUCCAGUUUGCCUUUUCCAAGGAAUCAAAGCGAACUACCACAACACGAACCUUCCGUGCAAAAUGGGUGGCUAUUUUUCUCAGCAGUGUCUCAGUGAAACAACUGAUUUCAGAUUCCCCAUAAAGAUUACCAAGGUAACACAGAAGAAUGUCACAAUGAUCAUCUAUGAGUUCCUCCAACAGAUCUUCCAACUAUUUAGCAAAAAUCUUCCUGUCGGUGCUUGGAAUACAAGCAAGACUGAGAAAUUCCAAAAUGGAAUUCAUCACCAAAUUGAAGAGUUAGAGAUAUGUUUGUCAGAAGAGCUAUCAAAAGCAAGAAACAGCUUUCAAACAUGGAUCCUAAAAAGCACUACCUUCAGUGUAAAAAAGUACUUCCAAAGAAUCACCAACUUCCUAGAAGAGAAGCGAUACAACCACUGUUCUUCAGAAGCGGUCCAAAUGGAAUUGAGAACACGCCUUAUAAUUUUUGACAGUUUUAUGAAAAGACACAUGUCAUAA